AUGGCCUAUCACAAAGUGAACGCAGACCAGAGAGCACAGGGGCACUCACCGUACCUUGACAACGAUGAGCUCCAAGCCACAGCGCUGGAACUGGAAUGGGACAUGGAAAAAGAGCUGGAGGAGCCUGGCUUUGACCAUUUCCGACUGGAUGGUGCGGUCCAGCAUCACCUGGGAAACUCACAGAGCCCUGACCUUGAUCUCGAGCCCAUCCAGCCAUCAUCUUCUCCAAAGGGAAGAUUCCAGCGGCUUCAGGAAGACCCUGACUACAUCUCACACUAUACGAGACAGGCACCAAAGAGCAACCGCUGCAGUUUUUUUCAGAUACUGAAAGUAUUUUGCACUGCUUUGAUUUUAUUUAUUUUUGGAAUUGUGAUAGGAUAUUAUGCACGCAAGAAAUGCCCUUCUCCCCCAACAUCUCAAGAACCAAAUAACCUUCGUAUCUACCAUGAAAUUCUCAAGGAAAUCAAAGCUGAAAAUAUUCACCAGAUUUACAGAGAUUUGUUACGGUUCCCUAGAGAAAAUGAUGUAGACACUGCAAUGAAAAUUCUGGUUCAGUGGAGUUCCCAAGGCCUCGAAGAUGUCCGGCUGGUAAAUUACUCUGUUUUGCUUGACCUACCGGGCUCUUCUUCAAACACAGUAACUCUGAAAAACAGCGGUGAAUGCUUUUAUCCUAGUGGACAACAGUGCAACAGAGAGACCAAAACCCUUCAUAGCCAAGACCUCCUGUACUCAUACGCAGCUUACUCUGCCAAAGGAACUCUUGAGGCAGAACUUGUUGAUAUACAGUAUGGGACCGUGGAAGACUUGCUCCGGAUUCAAGCCAUUACAAACGUGACCAAAAAAAUUGCACUUUUGAAGCUAGGACAAUCGCCAUUGCUUUAUAAGCUUUCUCUGUUAGAAGAUGCAGGGUUUGGCGGUGUUCUUCUUUACGUUGAUCCUUGUGACUUACCAAAGACUACAGAUCUUGCUGAUAAAGCUUUCAUGGUUUCCUUGAACAGCGGAGGAGAUCCAUCAACACCCGGUUAUGCCAGUAUUG